GUAGUGCUUAAGCUGAUUCUCGAGAAAUAUUAUGUUUUCAUCACUAUCUCCUUUCGGUUGCAGUUUUUGAUAAUACGGGAAAAAGUGAUAAAAGUGAAAUGUUUUUGGGCAAUUAAAGUAUAAUUUUGAAUGAAAGUGGAACCAAUGCAGCUGAAAAAGGUUGUGCCGGAAGAAAUCUGUUAAUUUGGAUGUGAAAAAUCGUGAUAAAAGUGCUAAAUAGGGAAUUUUGCCAACCGGAGGGUGGAUUUUCACAUCUCUACUUUUCUCUUUGAUUGCUUAGGCUUUUUUGUUUGAAAGUUCGUUGAUUGAGUUUUUUGUGUGAAAAAGUUAAGGGAAAAGGCAAAACGCAUAUAAAGUGAUUUGAAAAAUGUUAAAUGUGUUAACUCAAAUAAUUAAUUUAAUAAUCUUAAUAUUCCUCGAUAAAAUUUUAUAGAGAAAGUAGUUGUUGGCAAAAUGUGUAAUGAAAGGAUUCGUGGCAUUUAUAAGUGAAUCAUACGCGGUGCUGCUAAAGAAAAAAGUGAAAUAAAUCUAAUAAAAAUAAUUAAAAUAAUCAACGAAUAGGGAAUUAAAAUUACAAAUUCAGUCAGUUUCCGCCGCAGAUGCGUUCGUGCAGUUCAUUAGAAGUUUGAAAGUUGGAAACAUAAAGCGGCUGCACAAAAGAAAACGGCUGCCGGGGAAAAACGUCCACUCGAAGGCACAAUAUCUGGUAGUGGAAGGGCGCAGAAAGCCACUAGCCUGACUAGCAACUGCUGCUACGUGAAUGAUAUCGCCAACAACGACAAGCCCUUCUCGCUGCCGCUCUGCCACCUACUCUUUAAGUAUCCGGUAAAUCCUGUUUUCCUGGAGUGCAUUGCUGCGCUCCAGUUGCGCUCCACUUGACUUUCGCCGCAAAAAUUCUGCACAAAUUGGGUAAAAUGUCGACGCGUUCCCAGUUGACGAAGGAUUUAAACGAGGGCGUUAAAUCCAUACUGGGCCGUCACACAAAAAUUCUGGUCAAGUAUAUGGUUAAAUUGGAGACGAAAGGUGACAAAACCGAAAAUCGCGUCUUGGUUUUCACGCCAGUUCGUAUAUAUUUGUUAAUCGCAAAGGUGCCCACGAAGAUCGAAUGCCAUUUCCACUACUUGGACAUACAGGCAGUGGAAAGUAAAAAAUCCACACACUUCUCGAUCAUCACAAAUGAUCGUCCAUAUUCAUUUGCAACGAGCUUUGAUGCGGGAAGCUUCAGUGCGAACGCUGAUGCUAUACUCAGCGAUUUGGCAUCGGCAAUUAAGCACAUUUUUCCAACAGUUCCUCUCAAGUACAUCAUAAGAAGGAUCGACAUACAACCACCUGAACGGGAGGUUGUAUUUUCCGAGGAGUUUCGUCCGACAGAUCCGCGUAGUGUUAGCCCAUGUGGCGGUUUUAGCACACAAUAUGCCUGUAUGUGUGAUUUUCAUGGGGUGCCCUACAGGGAGGAAGUCGCAUGGGAUAUUGAUACGAUUUAUUUGUCGCAUGAUACACGCGUGCUGAAUUUACGUGAUUUCGAUCAUUUGGAACCAAAAGACUUAAUGGCCAUUGUGUCCGCAUUGGAAUAUAAUACAUUUUUUCGCGGUCUAAAAGCAUCACAUAUGCGCCUCUCUACCGAGACUUUAGAACGUAUACUACACGUGCUCAAGCGUUCAAUGUGGCUGGAAGAGCUGCAUUUGGAAGCAUUAGGUUUAAGAUCGGAUUUUUUGCAUAAAUUAGCUGUAUCUGUGAUUACAAACAACAAUCCCGCAAUACGUACGAUCGAUUUGAGUCAUAAUUUAAUAGAGGAUAAAGGUGCUAUUCACCUGGCCGGUCCCAUUGCCAAAGUAUCGAAAGGUCUGUGCAAGUUGGCGCUCGCACAUUGUGGUCUCACAUCGAAGGGCGUGAAUCAGAUGUCACAUUCGUUAUCGCUGAAUCAAAGUAUUUCCAAUUCGCUCACGUAUUUAGAUUUAAGUGGCAAUAGUCUCAAGGAUGAUAUAACAAAUUUACAUAAUUUUCUGGCACAGCCUAAUGUUUUGGAACAUUUGGAUCUCUCAUCGACUGAUAUAACCUUGGAGAAUUUAUUUGGUGCCCUUUUACGCGGUUGUGCAACGCAUUUAGCCCAUUUAAAUGUUUCACAUAACUCCUUCAGCACAAAGAAAGGCAAAGAGAUACCGCCAUCAUUCAAACAAUUCUUUACCAGUACAUUAAGUUUAAAGCAUUUAAAUAUUGCCGGUUGUAAACUGCCAAUGGAGGCGCUCAAAAAUUUGCUACUUGGCUUGGCAUGCAACGAGUCCACAGCUGGGCUGUACUUAGAUUUAAGUAGCAACACAUUAGGAGCACAGGGCGCGCACGUUUUGGAGUCAUGUAUACAUGGUGUACGGGUUCUACAAAGUUUAGACAUAAGUGACAAUAAUUUGGAUGCCGAAUUAGCUCCCGUUUUAACAGCGAUUUCGAAGAACCCUUCAAUACGCACCCUUUACAUGACACGAAGUUUGACAGGCAUGAAAUUGAAACAUAUUCCCACUGUUAUGGAUGCGUUAGUGAAUCUGAUACAAAAAGACGAUUUUCCACUGGCGGAAUUGGUGAUCUCGGAAAAUAAAUUGAAAAACGAUAUACACGAUUUCAUUAAUGCACUUGGUAGCAAUCAAAGUCUGCAGAAAUUAGACAUUAGUGGGAAUUAUAUGGGUGACGUUGGUGCGCGCUUGCUCGCCAAAGCUUUACAAAUCAACAAUAAACUGCGCACAAUUUACAUGGAUAAAAAUAAUAUAACACUACAAGGUUAUGCUGAUAUAGUCUAUGCUUUAGAAAACAAUCAUAGCAUGCGUACAAUACAAUAUCCAGUGUUUGAUAUUACGCCACAUAUGAAAAAUCAUCCAGAAAAAACUGAUGCGAUUAUGCGUAAAAUGCAGGAGCUAUUGCAACGCAAUUGCAAUGGCCUAAAACGAACUAAUGGGCAAGGUUUCCGCCUACAACAUGGUUUCAUGCUAUCAUCAACACAUCAACUGGUGGAUAAACUGGUAGCCGAAACGCAGGAUAACAUCUCGGUGGCAAAGGGUAGUGAUUCAUCGGCAGUUCAACGACUUAUUGACGAUGCAGAAAAUUGCAAACAGCUGAUGCCGAAAUUGCAAGAGGCAGUACGUUGCGAAUCACAUCCGGUGGAAAUAAAACUGACGCGUAUCGCCAGUGAUCUCAGUUACACCAUACAGGGUUAUCUCGAAGAGACGUUGGAAACGAUGUUGCGCACUGCCGUGGAACAGUGUCCUAAAACAUUGGGCAGUCAAAUAGUCGUGCAAGAUUUACGUAAAGCGCUAAGUGAACGACUACAAAUACCAGAAGAUUUUCUACAGAGUUGCUUGCUGAAUAAUGCCGGUAGUGAGAUCAUGAACAAAGUGGGUGAAAUUGAACAAUCCUUGGCGGCGUCAAUCUCUGAUCGCGCCACCGAUGAGGUGCUGGAAGCGCUUACGCGCUAUCGACGGGGCUUGGGCAUUGCCGAGUCACCAUCCGUGCUACUCGAUGAGCCGCAAACACCUGAUAUUGUGCGCAGCCGUUCGAGUCAUGAUGGUGAAGGCAUCAUAAUGCGAGCCGGACGUAGCUCAGUUUUGCCCAAAAUGGGUCUGGAAUCGCCCACCGCCACACCCCAUAUGACCGCUAAGCGUCGUACAGUUGCGCGUAAAGUGCGUCCACAGUCCGUCGUUGAGAAUUUGAGCUUAGGUCACAUACCCGAUCUGCUUGAAUCACCAUCCUCACAUCGCUCCUCAUCACAACUUUCGCCGCGCGAUUCAAAUGGUACAGGCGCUAGCGUUGCUGGCACCACUACUGGUAGUGGCAAUGGCAUGGAUGAUUUAGGUGGUGAUGAAUGCGGCGACUCAAUAACAGAACUGCCCAGCGCAUCGUUUCAACUGCAGCACUUGGUUAAAGGGCGUCCGAAACGUGCAAAAACGCGUGCGCCUUCACGCCCUCUGAUUGCGAUGGACAAUAGCGCCGGCCCGACCACCAAAGAGAUUGGCGAAGGUUUGGAUUUAUUCUUUCGUCCAGGUUCGGUAACACCUACCACAUUGACGCCACUCAUUUCACCCACCUCUGAAGAGUGCAGCUCACUAUCGUUCGUCGACAGUCCGACAAUGAGCCGCGAUGGCAAUGGUCAUUUAACAUCUGAGGAGACUACACCCAUAUUGGAGGAGCGUAGACCCAUCAAACUAGAUCGGCAGUCACCAUUGCUGAAGGGUAAAUGUGCCACCUGGACUACACGCUCACGUUCCACAGACAAUUUGGAAAAGUAUUCACCAUUGAUUGGACGAAAAUCGCCGCUGGUGAAACUGCGUACCGAAUGUGGUACCGCUACAAUGGUUGAAGAGACAAAUUCGGUGCUAAAAGCGCCGGAACGAGAGAAUAAAAUGCGUUCGCCCAGCAGUGAUUCCAUUCGCAGCCAUACAGGUGGCGAUGGCAUCAGCGGGAAAGCUACUAACGGUAUUAUACGCACACCAGUUAAACUGCAAAAGCCGCGUCCUUGGUCAGUGGUGGGCAGUGAACCUAAAGCGCCUGCUGCAGAUUUCCAAGGUAGUGACUCGAGCAAAACGACACCAGAAAAACUUGACGAAGAUGCCGAAUCAUUACCGUUUAGCCAGAGCAGCAAUAAUAUUGGCAUUACGUCAGGAUCUGCAUUGGAGAAAAAAUCCGUGCGUGAACUUGCGGCUGGCUUGAACCGCUUAGAACUUCCAAUGAAACCACAAGUGUUACCGAGAACACUACUCACGAGCGCAUCAGCGAUAUCCAAAUCAGCUUCCACUUCGCACAUCACUAGCACGAACAACAGUAGCAUAAGCAGCAGCAGCGCUAGUAGAAGCAGCAAUAACAGCACAACAACCACAACAACAACAAUGUUGCAGACGCAAAGCAUGGAAAUAAAAAAUAGUAGCAGCAGAAGUAACAGCAACAGUAGCUCUAUAACAACCACUAGCGCUACAUCGUCAAAUGCGCCUAACACAGGGCCGACAAAUGACAGUGAAAAUCACGAAGCGUUGCUCACCAAAACAAUUAUCACUGAAAAUGUCAAUGGCAGCAGCAGCAGCAGUUUCAUUACAAAUGAAAUUAUUAAUAUACGCAAUGGCACCAAAAGCAGUUCUACCACCACAUCUACCCAUACCUCUAUGCGAGACAGCACCAAUUCGAAUACAAAUGAUAUCAACAAUAGUGAGCGAUUCAGCAGUGGCAGCAAUGCUUCGAGUACGGGACUACCGAUUGGUGGCUUUAAACGAAUUGCUGGCAAAGAGAUUUCCGCUUUAUUCGAGGAGACAUUAGUUGAAGGCCUACAACGCUCCUCGACUCGACGAUUAUUUAGAGAUAUACAAUACACUAAGGAAGAUGUUGUUGACCUGUAAGACAUAUGAAGUAAUAAACGAAGAAAAAACAAACAACUGGAGCGAAGCAGAUGCAUGUAUCAACAACAGCAAUUCGUACUAGUAUAAUGAUUUACGGAGCAAUACAAUUGAAGAUAAUUUAAGAGUGAACAAAAAAUAAGUAAUGAAUAAAAAAAAAAUUAAAAAAUAUAACGAAAAUUUAAUGUUCACCUAACAUCCGUUUCACAUUGGCCGAGACCCAAGCCGAUAAUAAAGACGAAUAAUAAAGUGGCACGAAGUAUAAUGUAUGGAAAUAUAUUUGGAAAAACUCAUGAAGUCAAGAGUUUCAAAUUCUUAUCAUUUUUCUUUAAUUAGUUUAUGUUUUGUGCAAUUAUUAUGCGCCUUAUUUUUAAACAAAAUCAAAAUGUAAAUUAUUAUUUUUGUAUACUAUUUUCACUACAAAAAUAUUGUGCUUAUUUUGACUAACUUUUUUUAUAUACUUGCACUAUUUGCAAUUCGAGAGUAUUUCAAUGUAAAAUGUAUUAUUUAUAUAUUUAAAUGAGAAUUUUUUUUAACUUUGUAUUUAUAUAAAUCUAAUAUGUUGUUCUAAUGCAAUCUUUAAUUUUAAUGCGAUAUGUAUGUGUUUUAUUAUUUUCUGUUGUAUACUGAAUGCUAAUGCUAAUGAUGAUGAUGAUGAUUCACAUUUCGAUAUGAAACGCUAUAUUUACUAUAAAUUUAAAUAAUAAUAAAAAUAUGUGUGUAAGUGCGCGCGUUUUUUAUUAAACCAAACUUGUACGUAUUUACAUAUGCUGAUAUACAACUUUAUAGUAUAUAAAUAUGUAUGUGUAUGUAUUGAUUUUAAGUGCCAAU